AUGGUAUCGUUCCUUGGCCUUUGGUCCGGUAUACCCCCUUCCAAGAGUACUUUGAUCCUCAAGGACGACCCUGCGAAGCCUUGGUCGCUCAACACGUUCAUCGUUGAACUGGAUACUCCUCCCGCCUUGCUCGAUGCUCUUCAUGGCGCUCCCAUGAAUGAGAACCAUGAACCUCCCGUCGAUAACAGCGCGUCCCAGUUCAAAGAGACCACAGCGUGUCUUGAAACCCCCACGGCGUCUCCCACUUCGACACGUCCCCAUCUAGACAGCGAGACCGGCCGAGCAUGCGUGGCUCGACGACAUAUCGGCUCUCUUGCCUUCUGCCGUGACAACCUUCGCACGACAGCAAGAAGCCACGUCUGA